AUGAAUUCACAUCCAACAGUCAGAUUUAAUGAUCCUCCAGCGACCGAGUAUUAUUCAAUGGACGUAGAUGAUUCAACACAGUCCAGGACAUCAACAGAUGAUUUAUACCUUGGGCCAGAUGAUGACAUAGAAGAUGAUUCCAUGUCGUCCAGUGGUCUGGGCGUGUUGGCUGCAAUCCCCAAUCAAUUACCUCCGGCUCAAUACGAUCAACCGGUUCAGUACAUCGACCCAGACUUGUACCUUGGGCCUGAUGAGGAUCUGAUUGAUUGUGAUGAUGAGCCGGGCUCUGUCUAUGCAUGGUGUGAGUCUCUGGUCGCAUCUGAAGUUUCAAUGUCAUCGAAUGAGAGACCAGCCGAAUGCGAUCCAGCACAUCCAGAGGUCACAAAUGAAGAUUUGCGUGUGAUGGUUCGUGAGUUCUGGCCAAUAGGGUCAUUUGAACACUCCGGAUUGCAAUCCCUUCAAGAUAGACUCAGCAGCUACAAACAAGUUAAUGGAGGUCUUCCGGCCCCUUCCAUACCACUACUCAUUGAGGCCGAGUGA